CACACAAGUGAAAGGCAGGGAGGCUCCAUCCUCGGGGACACCUUGGUGAAAGCAUCACCUGCUUCAUCACUUUGCUGUUCUUCCGAGGACUAAACGCUCACUUGAAGGUUUGCCCGCCGCCUUGACUUCACCUUCCCGGAGAGCGAAGGCGCUGAAGGGAAAGCAAAGGAUUUGGAAGGAAAAUGACUUUUUGCAGAGCCUGUCAUAUCCACCUGGUGGUGCUGCUGGUUGCCAUGGCGACGGCUGUCCAUUCAUCCCACAGCCUGGCCGGUGAGAGGAGCUCCAUCGAGAGCACGUACGAGCUGACCAAAUAUCUGGAGUAUCAGCUGAAGGAGAUCAAGGAUGUCUAUUUGACGUACCUGGGCCCCCCGUUCAACGAGAAGGAUUUUUCCCCCCCCAGACCCAACAGCACGGCUCUCUCCCUGCCCAGCGCCGCCACCCGCCUAGAACUGUGGCACGGCCUGGAGAACCAAGCCCGUCUGGCCCAGAACCAGAGGGCCUACUCCGUCCUGUUGGCGGCUGUGAGGGAGCUGGCCCGCUCCACCCUCUGCCCCUCCCUCAAGAUCUCCCUGCUGCACUUCUGCACAGGCCUGGAUGGGCUCCUGGGGUCCAUAUCGGCGCUGAUGACCACCCUGGGUUACGCUCUUCCUCCAUCGAGCCCCGACCACGAGUACCACCAGAGGGGGUCGGAGGGAGACCACCCGGCUCCGCUCAUCAGUCGGAGCUCGUACAGGUCCAGAACCAGGACGAGGACAGAAAGACGGAGCGGUGCGAGGGAGGCCCGAGGGGAGCGGGAGGGCGGCCUCGCUGUGGAUAUGAAGAGAACCAAAGCAGGGAGGCGAGUGGAGGCGGCCGCAGCUGGAGGAAGGAGCGGCGGAUCCAGGGAGAAGCCAAGAGGAGACAAGAGGAGAGGGAGGCGGGAGGAACCUGAGACCUGGAUUCUGGAAGAGGAGGAGCGAGCGGGAGGGACGGCGGGAUGGGGCGGGAGGCGUUUGCUGAGCGUCGGUGAAGAUCAAGACGAAGGAGAGCACGUGAUGGAGGAGGGCUACAGCUACAACGUCCAGCACAUUGGAGACGGGAGGGGGAGCCUCUUGCUCUCCUCGUCUCACCACCAGCACCGACCUCCUCGCUCCCUCCUCUUCACCCCGACGCUCCCACCUCCUGCGUCCGCCCUCUCCUUGCUCUACCGGGAGGACCACGCCCUGCUUUCCACGCCCUCCUCGCUCAUCUCCUCCUCCGCCUCGGUGCUCCUUUCUGUGCGGCCCGCUAUGAAUGACUUCGCCCGGAAGGUGGAGGGCUUCUGGGUGCUCCGUGAGCUGCAGAGCUGGUUGUGGAGAUCGGCGAAGGACUUCAACCGCCUCAAGAGGAGACUCCGAGGCUGACGGUUUUUGCACUAGUGGGGGGGGGCUUUUUACUCCGUUUCUUCACUGAUUCAUCGGUUAGUUUUAAAUAUCAUUCAUUUUGUGAAUGUUCUGAACUCCCGUUUCCAUGAUGGUGUUGUAUUCUAUUGUACUAAUGUGGUCUGGAGGAGCACCCGAGUCAGAUCUCAUGUUGGCCUUCUUUGGAAAACUAGCAAGACUCAAUCAAGAUCCCAUCCAUCCAUCUUUU